CACAGUCGGGCAAGGUGCGGAGCAUCCCAUCGGAAAAGACACCACUAUCCGUGUCAAGGACAUUUUUAAUCCAAAGUGGUCAAUAUAGUAUUUUCAAAGGGCGCAGGGGAAUAAUUCGCGUUGGAGAGCAAGUCUCCGAAGUCCAGCAUAUAGACAUCAAGCAUAGAGGCCGAUGCAGUAGUCUGUCGCCAUGGCCUCAGAUGCAAGUCACAUGUUGGAGGCGGCCUUGGAGCAAAUGGAUGACAUCAUUGCAGGCUCCAAGGCUGCAGCCGAGUACACCAACGGCCUGUUUGAGCUGGGCUCCCCGGGCAGCGUGGGACCCCUGCAGGUGCUGCAGCUGGUUGAGGACCUGAGGCUGGCCCUGGAGCUGCAGCCCAGAGAGGAGGAGAGGGACACCCUGAGGGCCCAGGUCCCCAGCAGCACCGCUCACAUGCUCAUGGACUGGCUUGAGAUGGACAGGUACUCAGAAAGGGUCUCGGUUAACCUCUGCUCCCCGGUGAACAAUGAGAGCUAUCAGGAGCGGCUGGUUCGCUUAGAGGGGGACAAAGAGUCUCUGGUGCUCCAGGUGAGCGUGCUCACAGACCAAGUGGAGGCCCAGGGAGAAAAGAUCCGAGACCUGGAGAGCUCUCUGGAGGAGCACUACCACAAGCUCAACUCCACUGAGGAAAUGCUAAAGCAGGAGCUGCUGAGCCGGACCUCAUUGGAGACCCAGAAACUGGAUCUGAUGGAUGAGGUUUCCUACCUGAAACUGAAGCUGGUCGACAUGGACGAGGAACAGAACCACAACGACAGCAGCGAGGACCAGCAGAACAAAGCUGAGUGUGUGGUAAAUCUGAUUAGCGAGCUCCAGGAGCAGAUGUGUAGGUUUCAGGAGGAGAUCCAUACCCGGAUCAUGGAGAAACGGGCCAUGGAGGGCCAGGGGGAGAGUGGUGCCCGCAAGGCCUACAACCAAUGCCCCGACGUGGGCUUGGGUGGCUCUGACGUGGAGGAGUUUUGCUGUCGCUGUGGAGGACAGAAUGGCUUCCUGCAAGAACUCCGGUUUCUCAAGAGUAAAGUGGAUGAGCUGGAGGGGGAGAAAUCGCAGUAUGAGAAAAAACUAAAGGCCACAAAGUCGCUCUUGUCCAAGCUCUCUAGCCUGAAGCUCACUGUAGAGCACACUCAGGUAGAGAAGCAGCACUGGGAGGAGCGAUGGCGGACCGCUCAGGCGGAGAUAGCAGACCUACAGCAGAUGCUGGCUUCCAAAGACUCUGCGAUUGAGGGCCUACAGAGCCAGCUGGUCUCCAGAGGCCCAAUGACCAAUGAGAACCCAGAGAGAGUAGAGGAGGUGUAUAGGAGACAGCUGACAGACAAAUACCAAGAAUUGCAAAGGUUGAAAAUGGGGAUGGAGUCUUUAGUAGCAACUAAUUAUGAGAAAGACCGUCACAUAGAGGAGCUGACUGUUCUCCUGGGCCAGUACAGGAAGAUGAAGGAGGUGAUGGCCCUCACUCAAGGGUCCAGUGAGAAGCUCCUGGUUGGGAGCAGUGAGGAGGAGCUGAGUGGGAGUCUGAAGAUGAGGGCUCUCACCCAUAAAGCUCAUUCAGACAUCAUCCGGUCAGCGAUGUCUUCUAGAGGCUCCUCUCCCCUGUUAGUGUCUCCCUCGUCCUUUCAGAAAGAGCUGGACUCCAGCUGCCGCAGUAUCCAGACCUCCCUGGAGACGUCGAUGGUGAUGGUCUCCCAGAGUGAUGCUGGUUGCUUCUACAGCGGAGAAUGGUCCCAACAACGGAUGCUUUCAAGUAGCCUGGAGGAGUUACAAAGUGGAUCGUCACCAAAGCAUGUCGUGGUGGGUCAACCAGUUGAACCGGUGUCAGAGAAUCAGCACAUUGAAAUGAACAAAUAUCAGACCCUACCAGGGACGCUGUCCCGACCUGACGUGAAUGGGGAUCGAGAGCAGUGUUCUACGCCAGGCCAGCUGUCCCCUGACGAUAGCGAGGACAGUGAGUUUCACCUAAGAAAGUCGGAGAGACUGGAUGAGUCCACACUGUCAGACUUGUCUCCCCUGUCGUCUGGAGUAGACUCAGGACAGCAGUCCCCUGUCUCUCCAGAGAACAAGAAGAACCACCGGGGCAUCAAGAAGCUCUGGGGAAAGAUAAGGAAGACACAGUCUGGCAGCCUGCAGGGAGAGGACCUUGAGCCUGGAGAGUUUAAGAGGGGGGGACUGAGAGCCACCGCCGGCCCUCGCCUGGCCCGGGCCGGAGAGACAUUGACCUCUGUGCGGGAUCUGAAGACGCCCUUCUCCAAGUGGACUCCGGAGCAGGUGUGUUGCUGGCUGGAAGAGUAUGGGCUGGGCCAGUAUGUGAUUCUGGCCCGACACUGGGCCGACAGCGGGCAAACUCUCCUCUCUGCCUCACCACAGGAUUUAGAGAAGGAGAUGGGGAUUAAGAAUCAACUGCACAGAAAGAAGCUGCAGUUGGCCUUGAAGUCGUUCAGCACCAAACAGACAGAGAAAUCCUCUGAACUGGACCACAUCUGGGUCACACGUUGGCUUGAUGACAUUGGUUUACCUCAGUACAAGGAUCAGUUUCACCAGGGAAGGGUAGACGGCAGAAUGCUUCAGUACUUGACAGUGAACAAUCUCUUGUUCCUGAAAGUGACCAGUCAGCUCCAUCACCUCAGUGUGAAGUGUGCUAUCCACGUCCUCCACGUCAACAAGUUCAACCCCAACUGUCUGAAGAGAAGGCCUGGAGAUGAGAACAAGACGUCUCCCUCGGAGGUGGUUCAGUGGUCUAACCACAGGGUGAUGGAGUGGCUUCGCUCGGUGGACUUGGCGGAGUACGCUCCCAACCUGAGGGGCAGCGGGGUGCACGGGGGCCUUAUCAUUCUGGAGCCUCGUUUUAACUCAGACACCCUGGCCAUGCUGCUCAACAUCCCCCCUCAGAAGACCCUGCUGCGACGCCACCUGGCCACCAACUUCAACGUGCUGGUGGGCUCCCAGGCUCAGCAGGAGAAGAGGGAGUUCAUGGAGUCGUCUGGCUACACUCCCCUCAGCACCACAGCCAAAGUCAGGCCAAAGAAGUUGGGCUUCUCAAACUUCGGCCACCUGAGGAAGAAGAGAUGUGACGACUCGACUGACUACAUCUGCCCCCUGGAGGCGGCCCAGGCCCAGGCUCAGCUCCAGGCGGUGGUGAACGGGGCCCACCGGCCCUACUCCGGCUUUAGGGGCCUCAGCCCAAUCCUGGACAGAGACCCAGACAGACGAGAGCAGCCCUCAUCAAUGCUUCUGAUCAUCAUGAUUGGCCCAUUGUAUGCAAGAUGGAGGAGUGCAUGUUGGAACAGGACUAUCCCAUCAUGCACCUUGGGGGGAGGGGCUCAACCAUCUGCAGAUGGUGGUGACAGAGGGGACCGUACUGCAGAUAGAAGCUCUUUCUGAGGGAAUAAACCAACUCACAGUAAGUAGUUCCUCAAUCCGUCUCAUUCAACAAGCUUUUUGACAGUACUGUAAAUAAUGAAUAAACUAACCAGUUAACAAAGUAUUUUCUGUUACGCUGUUAACACUGGUGUAGGAUGCACCCCCGCAGCGCCCACAAGCUCUGGGAUCCUCCUGGAGGUAUUGCAAAUACUUCUCCCUGCCCCGUGGUAGAAUUUCAGGAAGUUAGCUGCCCCUCCCCCCCAAGGGGUGCCUUGCUCAGACUUUGCAGGUGGGGCCUCGCAAAACUGCGCUACGCCACUGGCUGUUAUGUUUUGUAUUUCUCCUCAAUGCUACAGUGCUAUGUUGUUCUUAUAUUUCCUGACAGUGGAGGUUUCAACUGAAUAAAGCGGUUUCGACAAGUAGAUUUUAAAGUUAGGGACAUUACUCUAAAGCCUUUAACUGACAAACAUUGCAGAAUAAUGCUUCCUGCUAACCCCAGCCCCUGGCCCUUCUUGCUUUCAGUAUUUGCUAAGCCGAGACGAAGUUCUGAAGGAGAUGAGACGGGCUCAAACAGCACUAGUCUGAGAGGACGCUACGCUGGCCACACUAAUUAACACAGCCAAUCAACCAAGGGAAACCUCUAUCUGCCUCAUACCUCAACCUAACCUCAAUGCAGGAGGCUUUACCAGCAAUCUCAACUGGCCAUACCCCUUACCUCAUCAUAAUACAGGACUCUAAUUAAUACUAAUUCUGUAUUAGUGGCACGAACACAAUGACCGGUGAAGGAAUUCUGUUUUACAUGCGUCAUUGGUGUGUAGCGCUUCCCCAAACUAGAGUAAAUAGCAUGUGUUUUAUAUUUUGGGUGAAAGGUAUAGGCCUACAACAUGCCACUUUUAGGACAUGCUUUUUCCCCUAUGCAAAUUAGCCUGUGAGAUUGCACACACUGUAUUAUUUUGUACUAUUUGACAACUUUUUUGUAUGUUUGUUUAGAUUAGGGUCGUUCCACUAAAUUAGUCUCUUUUGGGUAGUUUAAUUUGGUUUAAAAAUAUAUAUAUUUAACCUAAUUUUAACUUUCUAUCAUGAAGAGCACAUGUUCAACUUAAUAAAAAACAUGUUUCCCCAUCUCAAGAGGUUAAAUGAAAAACAAAAGAUAAUAGCAAGUGCCUAUUGAGUGGCAAGUAAAGUAACCAGGUUUAUUGUAACAGGGUUGACGAUUUCAUCUUAAAUCAGCCAUAAAUCCUCUUGUGCGAGGGGGAAUGGAGGCUUGUUUUGUGCAACAGGGAGGGUCAAAUGAAUGCGAGCUUAAAAAAAAGGAAACUGUUAAAAAACAUUCUAGCCUGUCUAUCAGUGGGUGACAGGGUUGACGUGUCAUGCUCAACCUACAAGGGUAGAAUCAGCUCUCCUGCUUUUACACUAUGAUUUGACUAUAAGAUGUUCAAUGUUUCUCCUUUUUUUAUGUUCCAAAAGGAAUAGUUUCACCAUAUUACAACGAGAGUUCAGUUCAUUUACCUUAAAAUAAAUCACAAAUCUCAUGAAUUUAAAUAAUAAUAUUCAGAAAUGACUUUGACAAAGCAACAGAAUAACUAGGGCUUUCAAUGAAGGUGAAAACUUGGAGAAAUGUUGGGGUUAAGUGGGUUAAAAUCACAGAGGUACAUCUCAAAAUGCAGAAUUUUGGCACUUUAGCAAGUCUUUAGGCAUAUUUAAAACCAGAUGCAUUGAAUUAUCAAUGUGGUCUAUAUUAACGGGCACUUCAUUUAAUUUAAGAGUCUUUUAAAAUUCCAUAUUUAUGCACAAUUUCUUCUUCAAAUAUCAAAAUGAUGCAAAGGGGACUCAUUUCGUGGAACAACCCAUUACCUGGACACAUCCAUGAUGCAAACAAGGCACUAAGAAAUACUGCAAACAAACACACCAACACUUAAUACGGCUAAUUUGAAUAUGACCAAUAAGAAACAGUUUUUUCUAUGUUUCAACACAUAAUUCGCAUAUAAUUGAAUAGGCAGAUGUAGUCCUUUAAGUAAGUCCCUUUAACAGUCACCAGAAUGGAGGAUCGCUUCUGUAAUAGAAGAAAUACUAAGGGAAGCCUGCUCCCUGGGAGUUAGGUAGCCCAGUGAAGUGUCCAUGCCCAGGUAUAACCUGUACAGUAUGAGGAUCCUAUUGCAGGUUAAUCUGCAUCAACCCAGCAAGCACAUCACAAUAUUUCACUAGGGUUUCAGAGAGGAGAGAGGGGCUGGAGCUGUUCCAAACAUCAAAGGCAGACCCAUACUGGUGAGUUUUAAUUGACUUAUUUUUAUCAUUCUUUUCAUCAUUCUAGAGCAAACAUAGUUUAACUAAAGUAUUUUUAGGGUUGAGUGUUCCAUUAGGGUUGAGUACCCUUAUGUAACUUCAAUCCAAGUUAUUACAUAUGUAUAACCUAUGUCACUUUUUUUCAUCUAAGUUAUAAUUUCUACAACAAUAAACUAUACUGUUGUUAUCAUAUGUUCAGGUCAUAAGGGAAACCACCCUCUGACCUAAUCCUGUAGACAUGGGGAAGAUAGAGAGCAAACAACCAGCCCAAGGUAAUCUCAACCUGGUGGGAGAAACCACCAGCCUCGACCAUGACCAUUCCCAACAUGAACUUCAAUUUCUCUACCCUGUGUGGGAGGAGAGAGAGCAAGCCACUAGCCCCAGACAUACCCAGUGAAUCCUUAACAAGCCCAACGAUUUUGUCCCUCUAUCCAAAUACUGUGUGGGGAUAGCUGCCGCCAGGACCCAGGAGUACCUCCUGUUUCCCUCGACCCAGAGGACAUGUUCCAGCCCCACAGCCCUCAACGAGAUCUUCCUAAUAACCUAUAUUACCCAGAGCAGCCACCUCCACAUGACCGACUCCUCCAACUGCACCACAAUGACGAAGCAGCAGCGCAUCUUUCUGGGUGCUGACUGGGCGUGGGCUGUGCUGCUGAGGCCCCCCCAAGAACCCAGAUUGCCUCUAGAUUGCCGUGCAGAUCCUGCACCUGACUGAGAGGGGGGAGGGAUGGCAGAGGACUCCCCCCCCCCCCCCCGGAGAUAUAUACUGAAUCCAUGCAAGAUGGCCAAGACGGAGUCUGCUAAUAGGAACCAUGCAGAGAGGAUGGUGUAUUUUUGCACCUCCAUCGGUAAUGACUGCUCCUCCCUCUUUCUCCUAUUUGGCCGCAAGGGCAACUCUGGCAACAUCAAUGGGGUGCUGAGCAACAAAUGUCACAAUGCUAUAGGAAGAAUAAGAACAACCGGGCACUCAUUGAGAAUUUCUUUAAAAUGGUCCAGGUCCUUACGCCCACAGGAACGCUUACAGGCUUUCGUCACCAAGAGGGACUGUGACCCUUUAACUCUGCUCAUCAAGUUUACCUGACCAGUAUGAUCGAUGACCGUGCAACCAUUUGUUACAUUUCUCUGUAUCUAUUGUAGUGUUUCAAAUGGGGGGGGGGGGCUGUUGUGCUUGGUGGGUUUAUGCUUGCCUGGGACUCUGGGGACCCAGUGUGCUGAAAUUGGCCUGUGUCCAUGUCUCGUGUAAACUACUGACCCAUGACUGCUGACAGCUGCUCACACCCUUGUGUUUAGUAUUUAUUUUAAUGGGCUUAACACUUCACUGGCAUUGCACCAGUGUGGAAAUUUGCUUAUCACUACCAAAUUACAUUAAAACCUUUCUACAGCAUACAAUACAGCAAAUAUUUUUGUAUUUUCUAUGAUGGAUUUAAUGACGGAUCACAUUGCGGUAUCUUCGCCCAUAACAUGAUUCUAAGUCAAUGACUGUUCAUUUGAUUAAGGUGGAUUAUUUUUUGUUAAAACUAGUGAAACAAAAAUGGAGGAGAAAAAAAAGAGGAUGGAGUUGGAAAUAAAAUGAAAUAUGUA